CACAACACAACGACUGACGAUCAAGAGUCAUUCCUCAACUUUUCUUCAUCCCCAUCCUUUUUUCUUUCCUUCUUUCUCUCUUUCUCUUUUCCUUCUCUUCCACCACAACACCACACACUCCCACUCUUGCUCGCACUGGACCAAACCCGAUAAUAUGACUGACGCCUACAAGGAAUUCAUGGAUGUCUUCCCCGUCCUUGCCGAGGAGCUGCUCGCCCACCUCCGAUCCCUCAACAUCCCCCAGAAUGCCAUCGAGUGGUUCGACAGGUCUAUGCGCCACAAUGUCCUUGGAGGCAAGAUGAACCGCGGUUUGACCGUCGCAGAGACCCUUCGCAUUCUCAAGCGUGGUCAGCCCUUGUCGGCAGAGGAGAUCUUCAAGGCCAACCUCUUGGGCUGGUGCAUUGAGUGGCUCCAAGCCUUCUUCUUGGUCUCGGAUGAUAUCAUGGAUAACUCCAAGACCCGCCGUGGCCAGCCCUGCUGGUACCGCGUUGACGGCGUUGGCAGCAUCGCUAUCAACGACGCCUUCAUCCUUGAGUCCGCCAUCUACUUCUUCUUGAAGAAACACUUCAAGAAAGACGAUUACUACGUCGAUCUUCUCGAGCUCUUCCAUGAGACCACCUACCAGACCGAGCUGGGACAGUUGUUGGAUCUGAUUACUGCUCCCGAAGAUGAUGUCGAUCUCAACAGGUUCUCGAUUGAGAAGCACUCUUUCAUUGUCAUUUACAAGACUGCCUAUUACUCCUUCUACCUCCCUGUUGCCCUUGCUAUGCACAUGGCUGGCGUCAAGGACCCGGCUGCCUUCAAGCAAGCCGAAGAUAUCCUUCUGCCUCUCGGCGAGUACUUCCAGGUCCAGGACGACUACUUGGAUUGCUACGGCGAUCCAGCCACUAUUGGUAAAAUCGGCACUGAUAUCGAGGACAACAAGUGUUCGUGGCUGAUCAACCAGGCUCUUGCCAAAGCUACCCCUGAGCAGCGCAAGACCCUCGAAGAGAACUAUGGUCACCGUGAGAUCGCCAAUGUCGUUGCUGUCAAGGAGGUCUUUAGAGAGAUUGAUGUUGAGGGUCUCUUCAAGACAUACGAGGAAGAAUCCUACACCCGCAUCAACGCUUUGAUCGCUAAGGUCGACCAUCCUCUUUUGAGCCAGGACGUCUUCACGUCCUUCAUGAAGCGCAUCUACAAGCGUACCAAGUAAAACAAACUUCAUGUAAACAUAGACGGUCGUAUGCCCUUUUUUUUCUCUAUUCUCUGAAAUAUAUUCUCACCUCAUCUGCACGCAAUAAUGCACAUGGUAUGGUUUGUCA